UUUCAGAUGGCCUUCAUGAAGAUGAGACUGGUUUAUGCUUCCAUUCUGAUGAUGGGCGUACUUUGCUUGUACUUUAGCAUGGAGCCUUUUAUGGAACUGUCAUUUGUUCUCAAGAAAGGUCACGGGAAGUUCCUCCAGCUUCCAGAUAUUGAAUGCAAGCAGAAGCCCCCUUUCCUUGUGCUGCUGGUGACUUUGUCCCACAAGCAGCUGGCGGCUCGCAUGGCCAUCCGCAAGACGUGGGGUAGAGAAACAGAGGUGCGGGGACGGCAUGUGAAGACCCUCUUCCUCCUGGGGGCCUCAGACAGCACCGACGAGAUGAAUGAGACAGCCCAGGAGGGCAAGCAGCACCGUGACAUCAUCCAAAGGGAUUUCAAGGACGACUAUUUCAACUUGACCCUGAAGACCAUGAUGGGCAUGGAAUGGGUCCACCACUUUUGUCCUCAAGCAGCUUUUGUGAUGAAGACAGACUCAGACGUGUUUGUGAAUGUUGGCUAUUUGACUGACCUGCUGCUAAAGAAAAACAAAACCUGCAGGUUCUUCACAGGCUACAUAAAGCCCAAUGAACUUCCAAUCAGGCAAAAGUCCAGCAAGUGGUUUGUGAGUAAAUUUGAAUAUCCCUGGGAAAAGUAUCCACCAUUUUGCUCUGGUAGCGAUGUGGCCAGCAAGGUAUACAAUGUCUCAGAGAGUGUCCCAUUCCUCAAGCUGGAGGAUGUGUUUGUCAGGCUCUGCCUGGCCAAGCUGAAGAUCUGGCGUGAGGAACUCCACACCAAACAGACCUUUUUUCCAGGUGGCUUAAGCUUCUCUGUGUGCCGCUUUCGAAAAAUUGUGACCUGCCACUACAUGACGCCCCAGGACUUACUCACUUACUGGGAGGCACUGGAGAACUCUCAGGAACAGGAUUGCUCUGUUGUCUGA